UGGUCGAGGAGGGUGGGGAGAAAACAUUUGAGGAUCUGGAUAACAAGUUUGUCAAGCAACUCACUAGCCUAGCCUAGCCUAGCCUAGCCUAGCUUAGCCUAGCUAGCUGGUAGUUCGCCAGAUAACGCUGGCCGACGUCAGGGGGUAGCGAGCUAGCCAAUUAGCAUUUUAGUUGCUGAAGAAGGUCUGCUAAUCCCUCAAAUUCAUCCCCACUAAGUGUUUGUGAUCCUGAAGCCUAUCUGCUAACCGCUUCGGGCUGACAGUGGAGAUUUACUGCUUUACUUUGCUGAACCUCAGUUGAUUUUAAUGCUUCAUGUUGUUAAACUCAGGGGUGUUGUUAGCGUCCUGUCUAGCUAGUUAUCUUUAGCUAUCUGGUAGGUGUUCUGUGGAGGGAGUGGUAGGUAAGCCAGCAAAGGUUCCCUUCUAUCCAGGCUGCAAGGUCAGCAAGGUGUGACAUGCAGUGAAAUGACUGAUAGAUUACAGGUGACACAUUAGCUAACGCCAACCCGUGGGUGAACCGGCUGGCGUGUUGCAUACUGAGGGUGUGUGCCUGCUUCUAGCUUGUGGCAAGACCAGACUUACACCACUGGAAACCGCGCAAUACUAGUUUCAUUCACCGCCCCCAGCAGGGAUUAGACAGCCUGCCACCUGAAUUGAUAACUGGCAGCUUAAAUAAUCAAUAAUCAGACUUAUUGGGCGUUAGCUGAUUGAUCACUUCCAGUUGGUAACUUGAUGAGCUUGAAGCCCAGCCUGCUCCCCCCUGCCUGCUCCUGAGCUGGACUAGUUUGAUGGACGCUGGAGGCUGUCAGAGCUAUACUCAGUCAUGUAUGUCUUGACACAUGGCACCCUGGUCUGUACAUAGUGCCUGUUGUCAAAUAUAAGUGUCGUUAUGUAGCGUGGGUAGGCAGCCAGCAAGCAGAAUGUCUUGUCUUUUUUAUACCUGUUAGAUUGUUUUUUUUUUUUUGUUUUUUUUUUUUAAGUAUAGGAGAGUCUAUUUGAAUCAGAGUUGGAAAAGCACUGCAGCCCAGGCUGUGCACACUAGAAAAUGUGUAUUAGUUAGUGCCUAGAAGUUAGAGAACUAACCAAUCCUGCCUACACACAGGCCACAGAUAUCGUAAAUUAUACAUUGGGGAUUACAACCGAAGCCUGCCACUCUGGAUCAAGAAACCUUGUCUUUCGUGUCUGGUUGGAGUAAUACUCUCAAGCCGUCAUCAAUGCCUUCAGCGCUGGCCGUGUUCGCCUGCCGACCAAACUCACACCCGUUCCAGGAGCGGCAUGUCUACCUGGACGAGCCGGUCAAGAUCGGCCGGUCGGUGGCCCGGUGUCGCCCAGCGCAGAACAACGCCACCUUCGACUGCAAGGUGCUGUCCAGGAACCACGCUCUGGUGUGGUUCGACCACAAGACCGGCAAGUUUUACCUGCAGGACACUAAGAGCAGCAAUGGGACGUUCAUCAACAGCCAGAGGUUGAGUCGCGGCUCGGAGGAGAGUCCGCCCUGCGAGGUUCUCUCCGGCGACAUCAUCCAGUUCGGCGUCGACGUCACUGAGAACACACGCAAAGUCACACAUGGCUGCAUCGUGUCCACUAUCAAACUCUUCCUACCUGAUGGGAUGGAGGCCCGCCGACGAGCCGAUGUUAUCCAGGCUCCGCUACCACUACCUGUAGACAAGGUUGCAGCCAACACUCCCAGUAUGUAUUCUCAGGAACUGUUCCAGCUCUCCCAGUAUCUACAGGAGGCCUUACACAGAGAGCAGAUGCUGGAGCAGAAACUAGCCACUCUUCAGCGUCUGUUAGCCACCACUCAGGAGGCCUCGGAGAGCAGCUGGCAGGCUCUGAUUCAUGAGGACCGUCUGCUCUCCAGACUGGAGGUGAUGGGCAGCCAGCUACAAGCGUACUCUAAGUCUCAGACAGAGGAGGGGAUGCGUAAGGAGCUCCUGGCUCUGCAGGAGGACAAACACAACUACGAGACGACGGCCAAAGAGUCUCUGAGGAGAGUUCUGCAGGAGAAGAUCGAGGUGGUCCGGAAGCUGUCCGAGGUGGAGCGCUCCCUCAGCAACACAGAGGACGAGUGCACCCACCUGAAGGAGAUGAGCGAGAGGAGCCAGGACGAGCUGCGGGAACUCGCCAACAAAUACAACGCUGCCGUCAACGAGAUCAAGGAACUCACCGACAAAAUCAAGGUAGCGGAGGGCCGUCAGGAGGAGCUGACGCAGCGAGGAGCGACGGAGAAGAAGGAGUUGGAGCUGCGGAUCGAGGAGAUGGAGGAGAAGGAGCAGGUUCUCCAGGCUCGCAUCGAAGCUCUGCAGGCCGACAACGACUUCACCAACGAGAGGCUGACCGCCCUGCAGGUGCGGUUAGAACAGCUGCAGGAGAAAAGCAUUAAAGAGAACAACAGUCUGGAUGUCAGCCUCCUCCCCCCCGGAGCAGUAGAGGAGCCUGUAGAGGACAAACAGAGCCUGCAGAAACCUGAGCGCCGGAGGGAAGAGGAGGAUGAGGAGGACGAGGAGGACACAGACACCGACGAUGGCGCUGUCGGCGAAGACGAAGACGCUGAUGACAACUGUCACGUUAACAACAGCGGGGGAGACUGCACUCGAAUCCAACAGUUGAUUGAGUGUCCGCCCGUCAAGCAGCUGAAGGAGGCCGUCGGCUCUUCGAUCCACAAACUGGCCAACUUUGACGAAGUGCUCGAUGCCCACCUGCAGAACAACCAGACAGCAGAAGACGACAGCCUGGCCAGCCCUGACCGACUGAAAGAGAAUCCGAUGGAUGCUAAAGAGUCGGACAUGUCGGACACUCUGAGUCCCAGUAAAGACCGCAGCAGCGACGACACGUCAGACGGCAACAUGGAUGACCAGGAGCUGAAUGAACCACAGAACAGAGUGGCUCUUCUCAAAGAUGAAUUGCGCCGGGCCGGUCUCGAGCCUGGAGACACGGAGCAGGUCAUCCACCAUCUCCACAGAGAACUCCUGGAGGCCCAGGAUUUAGCCAACACCGGCAAGCAGAAAUGUCUGGAGCUGCAAGCUCUUCUGGACGACGAGAGGAGGAGCAACAGUCAGCUGACCGAGGAGUCCACCAAGCAGAUCCAGUACCUGCAGACUCAGCUGGGGAAGCUGCAGGCUGACAUGGAGGCGCUGAGGGAGCAGAGGGAGAGCACCAUCUGCAGCACCAGAGAGGAGCUGUACUCGGCCCAGGAGGAGAUCCUGGUCCUGCGUCACGCCAUGGAGGCGGCCACGGCGGAGAGGGAGCGCGAGAUCGCCGCCCUGCAGGCCGACCUGGGCGGCGUGCGGGCGGAGCUGGAGCACUGGAGGAGCACGGCCGCCAAGUACGAGGCGGAGAUCAGCGAGCUGCAGGAGGCCUUCACGCAGCAGCAGCAGCAGCAGCGCAGCGCCAUCCAGCUGCAGACGGAGUGUAUCACGCUGCAGCAGCAGUGUGUGUGUUUACAGCAGGAAUGUGAAAGUUUGAGAGCUGAGCGGAGCGCUCUGUCCGAAAAACUGCUCCGCCUGGAGGCUGAGCUCAACAGCACCCGGGAGCAGAGUCAGGUCCUCAGCAGCAGCCUGGUGUCUCUGGAGAAGAGGAAGGAGGUUCUGCAGGACAAACUGGGUUCUCUAGAGAACCAACACCUGCAGGAUGCAAGCAAGCUGAGGAGCCAGCUGGACCAGGCCCAGGCCCGCACACACACACUGCAGAAAGAGUAUGAAGACACCCAGUCCCAGCUGCUUGACCUGCGUAAGCGCUACGAGAAAACAGAGCAGGAAAAGAUUAACAUCCACCAGGAGCUGGAGCAAUGUAGGAGCAACCUGAAGCUGCUGCAGGACAAGGCCAGCUCCGGUGGCUGGAGCCCCUGGAUGCCGGUCGUCGCAGUGAUGGUCGCCGUGACAGCAGCGGUUCUCUACCCCAACUUCUCCAAGAGCAGCUCCACCUAGGACACACACACACACUCACACACACACACACACACACACACACACACACACACACUCUCUCUCUCUCACACACACAGACACAGACACACACACAGCGCUGUGAGGAGAGCAUCACUGCUUUACUUGUAUAAAGUGUAAUUGUACAUAAUUGUAGAGGGAAUCUAAAGGUUGUGGCUUCUGCAGAGGAUCCAGACGCUUCACUUCGUUCUUCUGUUGUUUUAUUCGUUUGUUUGGGGCGUUUUGUUCUGUUUCUUCUUGGCUCUCUCUCUGCUGUGGUGGGAGUUUUUUGGGGGUUUUCUGCCCGUCUCUCUGAUUAUUUUUUUUCUGGGUACCAAACUGUCGGGCAGGCCGGGCUUCGCCGUGCAGCUCAGUCCGCUCUGAACCAGCGGAGGCUUCCUAUUGGCUGCGGCGGACACCGAUAACGGCUGAUUUCCUGGAAGCCGCUGGUGGACCGACCUGACGGAGCAGCACAUCGUCCUUCAGCCGAAACCAGCUGUGUUUCAUUUGAGCCGCUCACGUCUCGAAAAUGUCUUUUUUUUUUCUCUUCUCCUCUGGGAUUUAGUCAAAAGCAAAUCUCGGUGAUUUUAGCCCAGAAUCUCAAAAUGAUCAUCAGCAAAUUUCUGAGGUUAAAGUUCUAAAUUUUCAAGAGAAAACCUUGGAAGAAAAAAGUAAACAAACACAAGAAAAACAAUUUUUUUUGUCAUAAUUUUCUGACUAUAAUCUCUGAAUUUUCAAGCUUUCCUCGUAAAUUUACCACUUUAAUUUUUUAUUUUCUCGUACACUCAUGACUUUAUGGCUUUCUCGAAUUCUUGCGAAGGACCUCCCCCCCGCUCUCCACGUUCUCUUUAAGCGGCUCCUCCUCUCGUCCGGACGGCCCGUCGCCUCGUCGGCGCUCCGCUCACGUGGAUGUGAGAGCUUUUUCGGAAAACACCGAUCGCCGUUUUUAAACCGAAGAACCGAUGAAAUGAGCUGCAGCUGCUGUCGCCGCCUGGCAAACAGCGCAGCACUGGGCAGAAAAGAAAUAAAACCAAAUCAAACCAAUACAAAAAAAAAAAAAAAAACCUUGACACUUUUGGUCUCACGUCUCCUGGUCCAGCCUCCUGACCCCGCAGCAGGAGAACCAUCAUGCAACGGGCUCCUCCAGCUGAUCGUUUGUGCCAAAUUUGUCCUUUUUUUUUUUUUUUUUUAUCUUAAAUUUGACGAUUUUCAUGCUUGAAAAGUUCCAAGAAUUCAGUGUUUUGUUUUGUUUUGUUUUUUUUUCCCCUGAAGCUUCUCAGAUCAAACUGAAGACUCUCAGAUGAUCAGGAUGACCCAGAUCCUGUUUUUCACUAAUCGAGGCGUAUCGGCUGCAGGUCUCACACACACACACACACACACACACACACACACACACACACACACACGAGUCCUGCUGCAGUCUGAUGCAGCAUCCGUGUGUGUGUGUGUGUGUGUGUGUGUGUGUGUGUGUGUGUGUGUGUGUCCGCUGGUUCACACGGUUCAUCAGGCGGUUUCCAGAAGCCCGGCUCCGCUCCGCUCACUUCUCUCCUGUUUUUUCAGUCGGCCAUGUUGGAUGUUCCAUGUGGCGUCUGUUUGUUGAUGAUGUUUUUGUUUGUUUGUUUCGGGGGAGGGGGGAGUGAAGGGGGGGGUGGGUGGGAGAGGGGGACUCAAUCCAAGCCAAAUCUGAUUUACUUUCUGUUUCUUCUUCUGUUGUUUUGGGCACAAAUGGGGGUUAAAGUGCCUCUGAUGUAACUAACACCGGAGUUUGUUUGUGUAUGUGUGUAGACGAACACAGACACAACCGCUCACACUCUCUCUCACACACACACACACACACACACACACACACACACAGACAUGCACUUAGUCUUUUGGCUGCCGCAGGCCUGGCAGGGCGUCUGGAGGGUGACUUGGCCGAAGCGACGCGCCGUGUCGGAGCGAUAAACCAAACGAAGAAAAGAUCGAUUUUAGCUUCACGGCUCUCCGUCGCCCUCCAGACGUCUCGAGCCAGGCCUGCGCCGAGGAAUUUAUAGCAGAAACUAAGUUAUUUAGUGGUGAAUCCGUGUGUUUGUGCGUGUGUGUGUGCGCGCGUGCGUGUGUGUGUGUGAGUGUGUGUCGAUGAACAUAGGAGGGUGUGACGGACCGCACACACUCGGCAGCGUCGAGCAGCGUUUUCUCAUCGUCAGUGUACUCUGUCUUGUCUCUGUGUUUAAAAUAAAAAAAAAGACAAUGAACAAAUAUUCCUGAUGUUUAAAGAGAAACACACUACAGCGAGGAGAGAGAGAGAGAGAGAGAGAGAGAGAGAGAGAGAGAAUUGUAAAAUAAAAGGCAAAGUUAUCAAAUGAUGUGCUAUUAGACUUAUUUUGUUAAAAUUGUUUAGAGAUAUGAGAGAGAGCUAUGUAGAGGUUAUGACGAUGAUGAUGAUGAUGAUGUAUUGAAUAUGCAGAGCGAUGUUUGGAUUAAAGUUGUAGCAAGCUGACCCACCAAA